CCAUAUAUCUGUUAAUGCCCAACGUCCUUGGCCACUUAUAGCCAUCAGUUCACGUUCCCUUCAAGCACACAAUCUAUUCUAUUUUUGGCAAGACGCGCUCGAGCUUAUACAUUGAAUGGCCCAAGCUUUGUACACCCAGCACCCCUUGGACGAAUAUCUCAAAGAGUCCGGAGAUAGACGCGAGCGCCUUCCCGGUGCAUUCCUGGAUGCGUCGGACGAGGAGCCUGAGGCCAGUCUGACAGCGGACGAAUGUGCUGAGCUCACGCUUCCUGUUUCUUCGCUGACAGACUUGCUUGAGGUCAUACAACAGUGGGCAACCGUUUUUCGACACAUCUUCCUUUCCACAAGUGACGACUUUGCUGAACGAUUCAAAUAUGACCUAAUCUCUUCCAACUUGCUUUCGUCUUCCGUAUCUCCUUCGCCAGUCUCUACGCAUUCUCAACCUGCAUUUCCUGCUCGUGAUCAACGUCUACCCGGCGAUCUGAAAACUCCACAGCAGGACACUGUGGAGAAAACAGAUCAAGACCUGAAGCCGCUUUCAAGCGCCUUCGUUCUUCUGGGACUAGUUGCACUCUUGAAGCACCAUCGACUAACUGCUUUUCUGGCACUAUUGACAUCCGUCUCCUUCGCUAAGGCUCCGGGUAUCGGGUCGUCGAAAAGUAGUUACAUCCCACAGAUGUUUGAGGCACUAGAUAGUUUGAAAACAGCUGGGGCUGCUUGGGACCUCGCAGUCAACGACGCCAUUACCAUGGUUGAAGCAGAGGAGCGCAGUACGUACUACUCUCCAUCCCCUUCGGCCUCACCUCCGGCUUCAUCGGCACUCCGUGUUGCGCUUCACUCAACCUUGCUUACAACGCAACAGCAAUGUGACAACGUUCGGCCGCUUUUGGCGGCUUUGGCGUCGCCCAUGGAACUGUCGCAAUUGUCUGAGAUGUAUGGUCCGCCUGAUCCUUCAAAACCGUCAUAUACUCUCCAAGCUCGAAACUCACCGCCUCGACAUAAACACAGUUCUUUGUCCGAGAACAACAUCUCUCGUCUUUCGCCGCGCUCACCUUCGGCCUCGGAGGAAAAACGUCAAACAUGGAACGGAUCCAAUAUUACAAUUUUGGGUCGUAAUGCUGCAACAACAUCCACAAUUCGGAGGAAGGACCGAAGAUCAUCUGAUUUGUCAACAUUUUCAGCUUUACAAGAUUCUCCAUUCCCUUCACCAUUGACACCGCCUAGGUCUCCAUCUCUUGCCCAGGUCCUGGAAGAUGAUGAAGAGGAAAAUCAAGGCAAAGAUAACUCGCGUCUCGGAGGUCUAUCACGCGAAGACAGCCUUCCGCAAGACCAUUUUGGGACUGCAGCUCUUUACCUACGUCGAAGACGUCGGGCAAGUGGUGCGGAGGUUCUGGGUUUGCCGAGUGCGCGCUCUGUACCAUCGCUACGUGAUUCCGUUCAUCGUUCCUCACCAUCAGUCUCGUCUCAGCGUUUUACAUCAUUAUCGUCUGUGCGUCAUCCGUUUUCGCUCAGCGCGCUGCACCACGUCCUUCAAGGUGCCCUCGCCUCCCGACGAUAUUCUUGUGCGCAUCUUCUUGCUCUUCGUUUCACCGAGGACUCGGAGGACGAAUCAUAUUGGGAGAAUGUACGGAGUGUCACUGCUUUGUUAAUAUCCACACUUGAAGAUGCAACCGCAAGACUAAACGUGGCGCUCGCUGAGGCUGAUAAUUUAAAAAGGCAAGAGGCUCAGCCAACGCCAGAAAGCAGUCCAGACAGUAGUCCUGCUACAGCGCCAAACGAGGAGCUGCAUGCUUCGCGACCUCCCAGUAUCCAUGCCACAGGUCCUCUGACAUCUCCAUCACACCACUCCAAACCCUCCGCACUUCUGAAUCUUCCGAAUUCAUCGACAAACGAUAUUGACUGUUUCGCACCUGUACCAAGUGCUGUGGCUCGUUUCGCUUCCCACGUAGAUGCCUUAUCAUCGUCUCUAGGUGACGCGAGGGGUCAUCUGAUAGAGAGUGUGGAAGAGUUGCGCGAUGUACAAAAUGUUGGAUUGCCUCAAUCAUCCGAGAGGACGACUCAUAAGGCUUCGGAGGAAUCUGUCAUGCAAUCGUAUGAGAGACUACGAAGGGAGCUCGGAUUUGCACUUCGUGAAUGUGAACGAGGGAGGGCUGCACUCCUCGACAUAUUCGAAUCUCCGCGCUUGCGAAGUCUCACACUCGGCGAGGAGGACGAGACAGACGUUGUCGCCGGCGAAUCUCCGUUUAGCCGCUCACGACUCCACCCGCUUAGUAGCAGUUCAAAAGACUCGAAUGAUAAAACUGACACGGAUAUACUCACUCCGGAUGAGGGUAGUCCCGUUAUUCCGAUACUUUCGUCGCUGGAUGACGCGAGCAACGAACGAGAUGUUGACGAUGCCUCCCAACAUCUUUUACUGUCUACGUCAACGACCCAUCUUCCUCCUCCUGGCCUCGAACAGAUCUUUGAGAGCGAGUCGACCCCUUUCACAUCGUUCAACCGAGAACGCUCAAAAAUGUCUCGGGAAGAACGAAUACGGCUUAUGAAAGCUAAACGGGAGAGCAUGAACGGCCGUGGACUUGCUGCUCAGUUAGACGAUGAGGACGAUAUCGGGAAACCCGCCAGGCGUGGAAGCUGGGGUCCUGGUACAGAAGUUGUCGAAGAACUGAAGGACGUUAUUUGGAAAGUAGGCGAACGUCGACGAAAAAUGGCAGAGGAAUCACGCGCACCCUCUGCAACAAUAGGACCAACAUCGACAACAACUAUACCCUCCGCACCAGAACUUCAUAAUAAUAAUAUCUCACCGGAUGGAUCGAAUGAUUACGAUACAAGCCUAUGUACAUCAUAGGUUGUGAAGACAGAUGCUUUUUCUAUUUCUAUGUUUUUUCUUUCCUUCUUUUGCUGUUCUACUGCUCCUCUUUCGUUUUGGCUUCCUGCUUUUCUGCUUUCUGCUUUGUCUUAUGGUUAAGUAAUGUUUUUUCGCUCUGCUUAAUGGUCACACUCGUUUGCUACUCUCGUAGAGUUAUGAAUACAGGUAUAGCACUUUUAUAUAUAGUUAAUUAUUU